ACCAAACUGCAACCACCAUCUGCUUACGGUUGAUUAGUUUGAGAGAGAGAGAGAGAGAGACAUUUCGACCGAAGAAGUCGCCAUUAUCAAUUCUUCAAGCAAACGAAGACGUCAAUUUCUACCUACUGACUCCUGCUUUUGUUUUCCUGCAAUUUUCUAAAUUCGUUUGCUUCAGAUCUCUGCAUUCCCUCUCCCAAUUUCUAGGGCAUCCUUUCAUAUAUAUCGGCGCAUUGUCCACUGUGUAUCACUGAUUCAGCCCUGUGUGUGGAUGCACCUCAGCUCCGUGCAUUCACUUGAUCGAUGAGAUUUCUGUAGAUUGGGGAUUUGGUGCUUGAUCGUUUCAAUUUUCGAUUCCUGAAAUGGCUGUAGAUGCUGGCCCUGUGACGCCUGGACAGGUGUCGUUUCUGCUUGGUGUAAUCCCAAUUUAUAUCUCAUGGAUCUAUUCUGAGUGGUUGGAGCAUAAGAAAUCAUCUUCUCCUUCUAAAGUUCAUUCAGAUAAUAACCUGGCUGAACUGGAAAGUGAAGCUAUCAAAGAAGAUGAGCGAGCACUAUUAAUGGAAGGCGGUCUCACUAAAUCGGUGUCUACAAAAGUUUCUAGUCCAUCCAUUAAGACUAACAUAAUUAGGUUUCUAACCAUGGACGAUGCAUUUUUACUUGAAAAUCGGCUACUUUUAAGAGCAAUGGCUGAAUUUGGGGGAAUUUUGUUCUACUUUUAUAUAUGCGAUCGGACAGAUAUAUUUUCAGAUUCUACCAAGAACUACAACCGCGAUCUGUUUAUUUUUCUGUAUAUCCUUCUCAUCAUAACUUCGGCAAUGACUUCUCUUAAGAAGCACCAUGAUAAAUCAGCUUUUUCUGGAAAAGCAAUUCUAUACCUUAAUCGCCAUCAGACUGAGGAGUGGAAAGGAUGGAUGCAGGUGCUGUUUUUGAUGUAUCAUUACUUUGCCGCAGCAGAGAUAUACAAUGCAAUUCGCAUUUUUAUUGCUGCAUAUGUUUGGAUGACUGGCUUCGGAAACUUCUCUUAUUAUUAUAUUCGCAAAGAUUUUAGUGUUGCUCGAUUUGCUCAGAUGAUGUGGAGGCUCAACUUUUUUGUGGCAUUUGCAUGUAUUGUUCUUAAUAAUGACUACAUGCUGUACUAUAUCUGCCCAAUGCAUACCCUUUUCACUCUAAUGGUGUACGGGGCUCUUGGUAUUGGCCACAAGUAUAAUGAAAUAAGAUCAGUUAUGGCUUUGAAGCUUUUGGUGUGCUUUCUGGUAGUUAUCUUUGUAUGGGAAGUUCCUGGAGUUUUUGAAGUUCUAUGGAGUCCUUUCACCUUUCUUUUAGGAUACAGUGAUCCAGCAAAACCAGAACUUCCACGACUUCAUGAGUGGCAUUUUAGAUCUGGACUUGAUCGCUAUAUUUGGAUCAUCGGAAUGAUUUAUGCCUAUUUUCACCCAAAUGUUGAAAGGUUGAUGGAGAAAUUGGAGGAAUCCGAGACCAAGAGGAGACGUACCAUCAAGGGAUCCAUUAUUACUGUUGCCUUAGUAGUUGGCUACCUAUGGUACGAAUACAUUUACAAGCUGGACAAAAUUGCAUAUAACAAGCUGCAUCCUUACACAUCAUGGAUCCCCAUAACUGUCUACAUUUGUUUGCGGAAUAUCAGCCAGAACCUUCGGAACUUUUCCUUGACACUUUUUGCGUGGCUUGGAAAAAUUACUUUGGAGACCUAUAUUUCCCAGUUCCAUAUCUGGCUGAGAUCUAAUACGCCCAAUGGACAGCCUAAAUGGUUGCUAUCCUUCAUUCCAGAUUAUCCCAUGCUUAACUUCAUGCUGACAACUGCCAUUUAUAUCUUGGUAUCUUGCCGGAUUUUUGAGCUCACCAAUACACUCAAGUCAGCUUUUAUACCCACAAGAGAUGAUAAGAAGCUGUUGCACAACUUUUUUGCUGCGGCUGUCAUCUCCGUGUGUUUGUAUUCCAUUUCGUUCGUCCUGGUUCAGAUUCCUCAUUAAUCAAAUUUGUGCAUAAACAAGCUAAAGAAGGCGUGUUCAAGGCUCCGCCCAAAGGGAAAUCUGGGACCUAUAAUUUCUUCUCUUGGGAUUGGUUUGAUGAUUGCGAUCGUUCAUUCCCAGCAAUUUUGAGAGAUGUCGCUGCAUUGCUGUUCUUGUCUCUAAUUGAAGAAAGAUAAAAAUUUCUCUAAGUGUAUUUUGUUACACGCACAACACACACAUAUAUUCUUAUUCUUUGAUUUCUGUUAUGCAAAAAAAGUGUUUAUAGGGAUUCAAACUGAUGGCCUUAAUGAAUCCACAUCUUAGAGCAAGAAUAGUUCGCAUUUUCAUUUCAUUAAAUUGAGUAAUUAAUACAUGUGAAGAUUUUGUGCUGCGCUA